AUGGGCUCUGAACACAAAAGGGAGUGGCAUCACCACUUGAGAAGCGCAUUAUGGGCAGACUGGAUAACGCCCAAACAAAUUCUAAAGAACUCCCCAUACAAGCUAGUUUAUGACAAGGACACAUUAUUCCUCGUGUCUUUGGAGAUUCCCGCCUUACAUUUACUCAAAUCUAUUGAGGUGGCAGAAAAUGGUCCGAUGGAGGUGAGAUUGGCGGAGAUUAUGGAACUAGAGGAAGAAAGGGAAGUGAAAUUUUCAUCCCUUCAAAACCGCCAACAAAUCGUCAAGAAGUGGUUUGAUAAUAAGAAAAGUUCUGACCCGGGAUUCAAGCAAGGCGACCUUGUUUUGAAAUACAAUGAGAGGGCAGCCAAGCUUGAUCAGCAUGCUAAAUUUGAUGGUUUAUGGGAGGGACCCUUCCACAUUAUAAAUUUUAAGGGUUUCAAUGCUUUUGAUCUUGAGGAUAUGCAAGGAGAUUCUCUCAGAAUCUCGAUCAACGAAAUUCAUCUUAAACCCUUUCACUAG